AUCUCCUAUUUUUAUACUUUAGAAUCGGAACCCCCAUCAGUAGCUAGCCAGCUAACUAGCUACUAGUCAGUCAGUUAGCCACUGCUAGCGGUCUUCACCGUUAACUUGGACACCAGCCAGCUUCGGCUCGGUCAAUACCUGCCAUUCUGCACAGCGCGAUAUCAACCCAGAGCAUAUCGGACUGCUUUUUCUCUACCUCAUCACCGGAUUCCUGCCGCAAGUCCUGGUCCAUUAUACCGGAUCACCGCAGCUAGCUAGCUGCAUUCGAGUGGCAACUGCUGGCUAACGCCUCUGUCCUGAAGUAAGCACCAGUUAGCCUUGAGCUAGCCUCGAGUUAGGCCCAUCUCCUGGCUAGCCGAAGAGGUCUACCAGCUAAUUCUUGCGCUAUAAUACCUCUUUUGCCAAUUGGCCUGGACCCUUUAUUGCCGACAGGGAGCCCCGCCGAUCCAUCACGACUGGUCUGCCAACGUAAUCGUCUGAGGUGGUUUCAACAGGCUUUUUCGUUGCGACGUCGCCGAAGGUCCAUCUGCUAGCCCCGGCCUGCUAUCUGUCUGAAUCGCCGUGUCUCUCACUCUCAAAACAAAACCUCUCUCAUCGUCACUCAAUGACUAGGUCUUUGCAGGAGUUUCCCUGCCUGAAUGAGAAUUUGGAGGGAUCCAUGCUGUCCCUCUCACAGAAGAACAAAUGGAAAAAGAGACAGUACUUUGGCGAAUGUCUGGACACGGAGAACACCCCUGACGAGCUCAUUCAGCAGUGGUCACCACCUCACAAGCAGCGUGUGGUCUGCAAGGGCAAAGAGAACGAGGAUAACCUGUUUGUGGUUGCCAGGCGACCAAGGACAAGGAGGGAGUUUUCAGGCUUGUCCUGGGACAGUCUCCCAGAUGAGUUGCUGUUGGAAAUCCUGUCCUGCCUCCCUCUGCAGGACCUCCUCAGGAUGUCCCGGGUCUGCAAGCGCUGGCAUCGCUUGGUGUUUGAUGAGUCUCUGUGGCAUAGUGUGGAUCUGGUAGGGAAAGCUCAACUAGAUCAAGCUCUUGGGCAGAUGCUUACGGUUGGAGUACUGGGACUGCGCUGCCCCCAUACCUGCAUUGGAGAACCAUGUUUCACCCACACACAACACCUGCAUGUCCAUCACAUGGAUCUCUCCAGCUGCACUGUCACAACCCUGGUUCUAGGUGACAUCAUCUCCCGUUGCAGGCUGCUAGAGAAUCUAAGCUUGGAGGGACUGGAGCUCUCUGACAACAUCGUUCAGUCCCUAUCUCAGAAUACUGAGCUGGUACGGCUCAAUCUGUGUGGCUGCUCUGGAUUCUCCCCCGACUCGCUUAGUCAGAUUCUCAAAUCCUGCUUACGGCUUGAAGAGCUGAACUUGUCGUGGUGUGACUUCAGCACUGAUCAUGUGAAGGCUGUUGUCAGUAACCUUCCCUCCAAUAUCACCCAGCUCAACCUCAGUGGCUACAGACAGAACCUGACUAUGGAAGAUGUGAAAGACUUGGUGGAGAGAUGUCCUAACCUCGUACAUCUGGAUUUAAGUGACAGUGUUCUGAUGAAGAGCUCCAGUUUCCCCAUCCUCCAGCAGCUGCGGUCUCUUAGACACUUAGCUUUGAGCCGCUGCUACCAGAUUCACCCUGCUGCCUUGGCUGAUUUUGAGAAGUUCCCAGAGCUGCAGACGUUGGAGGUAUACGGGCUGGUCCAGGACACCUACCUGCCAAUCCUGAGUAAAGGUUUGCCCCGUCUCCAAAUCAACAGUCGGCCCUUCUCAGGCGUGGCCCGUCCCACCGGGGCCACCCGGAGGGACCGCUCCAUGUGGGGCAUGACCUGUCGGUUGGUGUUCAGGCCCUAGCCAUAACGCCUUCCUAACGCUGUCACUAACACGUCAUAACUCAUUUCUGUCUGAUGUGGUCACGAUAUAGGAGGAAUAUUAGCUAUUUUUAGUGUGUAUGAAUAUUCCAUAGAGCCUUCUGCAAUUUGUUGUACACUGACACCAGUUGUUCUGAUGAAGAUGCCUGUUUUGUUGUGCUUUUGUCAGCACGUAUUUUAGUUUUAUAAUGGUGGGCAUUGGUUCUAAGUUAUUAUUGUAAUAGGCCAUGUCCUUCGGAUGCACAGUAGUGAACAUUUUAAAUGCUGGUAAAUUGCAUUUCUCCACAGUAACGCGACUUGAAUACCAUGCAACUGAAUUCAUAAGAUUUGUGUUCCUGUUUUAGAAAUAUUUGAACCCUGAUAAUGUUUACAUUUACAUUUUAGUCAUUUAGCAGACGCUCUUAUCCAGAGCGACUUACAGUAGUGAAUGCAUACAUUUCAUUUCAUACAUUUUUUUUUCUGUGCUGUGUUGAAGACAGCUUGUCGCUUUCAGGGAAAUAACUUUUUAUUUUUUACUUGAGAAUCAUAAAUUCUGAUUUAUAGGCUGCUGAUAAUGUAUCUAUAAUCUGGCCAAUUUAUUGACUUCCGAACAUUCCAAAGACAGUAAACUGUGCAAAACUUAAACGUUAUAGAUUGAUAAUGUUUGUUCAUUCUGUAAUGUUUUACCAACUGGAUAAUGGCACAUCAGUUCCAGUUACUGUCUAUCAACUGUAAACAGUGUUUGCCAGAAAGACGAGGAAGAUUUUGGUCCGAGUUGGAUUAUUGCAUAGGUGCACCACCAUUGUAGCCGUCAAAAUCUCUACCUCAUGAUGCAAUGGUUGGAAUUCUCUUUUUAAAGUGUUCAUAAAAUACAAAUCUGCAUUUGAAGGCCCCAUUUUAAAUAAUGAUGCCAUUUACUUGAUCAGUUUUAUUUUAAAGGGAAAAAUCUAUGACGUUACAGUUUACAUCAACCUCUACUUCCAAAUCAAAUUUUAUUGGUCACAUAUUUAGCUGCUGUUAUGGCAGGUGUAGUGAAAAUGCUUAUGUUCCUAGCACCAACAGUGCAGUAGUAUCUAACAAUACAUACAAAUAUAAAAGUAAAAUAAUGGAAUUAAAUGUAUAUUAGCUUGCUCAAUGUCGGAGUGGCAUUGACUAAAAUACAGUAGAAUAGAACACAGUAUAUACAUAUGAGUAAAGCAGUAUGUAAACAUUUAACCUGUUUGACAGAAUAAAAGCUGAGGUGGUUAUAAUGUAUACAAAAGUCUAGAUCUGUUGGCAUUUUUGUGGAAAUACAAAUGUAAUCUUGUCCCUAAAUUAGGUACGGAAUAUGAGAAUGUGCACUACACUACAGGCAUAUAAUGUACAAGAAAAUGGUAGCCUCUGCCACGGGGGGGCACUAGCUAUGUAAGUCGCUCUGGAUAAGAGAGUCUGCUAAAUGACGUAAAUGUAUGGAUCUGAGCCAUGUUUGGUCUGGUUCCUGUUUCUGCUCACAUUUGGUUGAGAUGUUUAAGAAAAUGUAGAUCUUUUUAAUUCAUGCAUUGACAAAUAGGAUGCACUGUCAAUGUCUAAAUAAAUGUUUUAUUUAAAGA